AUGGGGUGCUGUGUAUCCCUUAAUCGGGAAGUACUCAGGAUCGUCUGCGGGCUGGUCACCCUCGUGGGAGUCUCCCUGCUCAGCAUGACGGGGCUGGAGGCUCACAGGGCACCCGGCCCACUCUCUGACAUCGGCAGCCUUUGGUUCCCGGGCAUGCUGGCCGGCUUUGCAGCCCUGAUCACGCUGCAUGGUCUGCUGGGUGUCCUCGGGGCCUCCUUCGACUGGCCUGCCCUCCUGCACAUGAUGACGGGCCUCUCCCUGGCCCUCAUCCCGGUGGAGGCUGCCUGGCUGGCGGUGAGCCACACGCAGCUGGCGUGGCUGGAACGCGUGGCGCGGCAUGACGGCUCCGGCGCCCUGGCGGCCCUGCUGGACCAGCUGGAGGCGCACCCCCACGCCGCGCGCGUUGCGGGCAUUGCCCUGGCCGCCCUCCAGCUCCUGGGCUCGUGCCUGGGCGCGGCCGCUGCCUCGCACGCCCAGGCCCGGCACCGCCGCCACGGGGUACUACACCCCCCAGUCUCGGCCCGGCACACCUGA